AUGUCCGACAAACUUGUUCCUUCAGAUCCAGAAAAAGUCAUGGUUAUUCGUGACGUGACUUCGAAUAUCACGACACUUUCCGUGCCUUUCUCUCGAUUUGGUAUGAUUAAAAUCGGUGGGAGAGCUACUAUAGUACGACUCACAUCCGGCCAACUAGCCGUCUUCUCCCCAGUCGCCCUCACCCCAUCCGUAUCAACCAAGCUCCAAUCCCUCGGAAACCGAGUCGCAUACGUCGCGGCACCCGAUCUCGAACAUCACAUCUUCCUCUCCGACUGGCAUAGCGCAUACCCAAAUGCGCAUUUCAUCGCACCAGAAGGGCUCGCGGAAAAACGAGCCCAACAAUCCAAAAGUAAUCCCAAAGUCACCAAUAUCCAUUUCCAAACCAUUUUUACCCAGAAAAACAAAGCGGAAAUCAAGAUCUCGGAAGAAUUCGACGCCGAUUUCGAUUAUGAAUAUGUGGAUGCGCAUCCGAAUAAGGAAUUGGUAUUCUAUUACAAACCAGAUAGAACAUUGAUCGAAGCAGAUUUAAUGUUUAAUCUACCAGCUACAGAGCAAUAUUCUAAGACUGGGGAGAAUCCAAAUUCAGGAUGGGCUACAAAGUUAUUUGGGGGGAUAAUGACUACGAAAGGAGCAGCAACAUGGCAUAAGAGAAUGCAAUGGUAUGCAUUUAGUAAAAAUGAUAGAACGGGGUUCAAUCAAAGUGUGAAGAGGAUUAAUUCCUGGGGUUUUGAAAAUAUCGUGCCUUGUCAUGGAGACACCAUUAUGGGAAAUGGAAAGGAAAUCUUUGAAAAGGUGUUUGCGUGGCAUUUGCAAGGAAAGAAGUCUGGCUGA